AUGAGUCCUAAAAUUGUCCAUUCUUGCCCGUGCAUGCAUUUUAGUCAUUUGGCUAAUGUUUCUGUCCUCUUAGGCUUCAUUAGUAUAGCUUGUGGAAUUCCUCCUGAAGGUUCCAACUACAUAGACAAGACAACAGGAAUACGUUACACUUCAGAAGCAGGUUUUGUAGACACAGGUGAAAGCAAGGCUAUAUCCUCUGCUGUUAGGUAUGACUACGCACUGGAACAACAAUUGUUUAACGUAAGAAGCUUUCCUAAUGGUAGCAGAAAUUGUUACACUCUGAGACCUGAAGGAGGGAGAGGCAAUAAAUAUUUGAUAAGGGCGUUAUUCUUUUACGGAAACUAUGAUGGUAAAGAUCAACCACCAGAAUUCGAUCUAUACAUUGGAGUUGAUUAUUGGGUUACGGUGUUACUGGAUGAUAUCUUCUCUACUUUGAUUCGGGAGAUCAUACAUGUUCCCACUGCAGAUUAUAUAAAUGUUUGUCUUGUAAAAACAGGCUAUGGAACACCAUUCAUCUCAUCAUUUGAGUUGAGGCCUUUGAAUAAUUCUAUGUAUGAAACAGAAAAGAAUGUAUCACUAACUAGAAUGGGGCGUCUAGAUUUGGGUUCAAUAAGGGGUGACUAUGUCAGGUUGGUCUUUCCUAUCUGAAUUUAGAAAUUAACUAGCUAGGAAGAAUCAAUUAAGUUUCUCCUGUUGGGAUUUAUAUGCCCUGGCAUAGCAAAUUCCUAUCUGGAUUAUAGUGACAUAUGUUCCUAACAUAUCUGAAAUAUUUAUGAUUUAUAUAAUUGGUGAAUUCAAUGUAUUGUGUUUCGAUUCACUAUGAAAUUGAUAGUGUCCCUGUGAU